GGGAGGAGGAGGGGAAAGUGGCGUCCAGCGUGUGGUGGUGUGACGGUGUCGCGUCAGGCACCGAUUCCAUAUAUUUCUCAUUUUCCGCGCGGCUACGUUGAAAAGUACUGGCCCCCAAAUGCGCGUACCGCAAAUCCUGUUUCAUGUUCAUGUUCUGGAGCAAACGGACGGCGCUCACUAGACGUCUCCUAAAGGCCAAGGUCCGUGGAGAGCAUGAAACCGAGUGUGAAGCUCAAGAGGAUUCGUCACGUAUUCAUCGCGCAAACAACACGAGCGGCACCGACAACGACACGAGCAACGUGACGGCAACGACGGGCCAAACAACCAGAGGAGCGCGUGGAGCGUCGUCAGGAGGUGCAGUUGGAGGGGGAGGGGGCGGCAGCUGCGGCGGCGGUGGUGGGGGAGGAGGGGUUGCAGGAGGAGGAGGUGGCGGCGGUGGUGUUCGUAUCUCGUCGAAUAGACUACACCCAGGUUGUUGCGGUGGUGAUCAGAGCCAGGACGAUGACGAGGAUCCCGUUCGUUUGUUGAGGUGCAAGGAGCUACUGAAAUCGCUGAAGGAAAAUCAGCUAGAGAUGUUGCUAACAGCUGUAGAAAGCUGCGGUGCCGAUCUCGGCUCGUGCGUCCUCGUGUCCCGUCAGCAACACCAAAUGGACGAUUAUUACGCCGAGCAGCAUCAAGAAAAUUAUCGCCAUCAUCGGUAUUAUCGUAGUAGACAUCAUCGUUCUUCCUCGUUGGAGAACGACGACGAUCAGAACUCUGAAUCGGAGGACUCGUGCGCGUCGCCGGUAAGACCGGAUCGAUGCAGAGUGCCUGUACGAGGCUCGUUCGACAACUCGCUGAUCGAUCCUCACCUGCUCUGCUGCCAGAUCUGGCGGUGGCCGGAUCUCGCUCACUCGUCGGAGCUCAAGAGACUUCCUGUCUGUCAUUCCGCUAAAGACCCUGUAUACAUAUGCUGCAACCCUUACCACUGGAGCCGGCUCUGCAAACCCGAGUCGCCGCCACCCCCAUACUGCCAUUUUCCCGACAGACUGAGACCCGAAGAUCGUGCGCCCAGCGAAGGGGAUCAACGUCGGUGCAAAAACAGCACACCCCUGCCACUUCCCGGCUCCCUUACCACCAACGGAGAAGGUGAAAUGGGACAGAAGGAAUGGUGUACAUUAGCAUAUUGGGAAUUGGGUGGUCGAGUGGGUCGCCUUUACCCUGUGGAACCUUCAACAGUAAAUGUUUUUGAUUCCCUCCAUGAUGGCGAUGGCCUCUGCUUAGCAACUCUAGCUGAAAAUCAUGUUGCAUCACCUGUAGUCCAAAGAACAAGAAGCAAAAUUGGUCUUGGUUUAAUGCUUAGUCAAGAAGCAGACGGUGUGUGGGCAUACAACAGAUCUGAAAGCCCGAUCUUUGUGAACUCACCCACUCUGGAUGACCCAGAGUCUAGAACACUACUUGUCUAUCGUGUGUCUCCAGGCUUUUGUCUGAACAUCUUUGACCGAACCAAAAUUCUGCAGCUUCCAUAUGGCAAUGGUACCACAAGAAUGAGCAAUCAGGCUUCAGGUUUUGCCUCUGGUCCUGUUGAUAUCAACUCCGUCCGCAUCAGCUUCGCCAAAGGCUGGGGACCCAAGUACUCAAGACAGGAAGUCACCUCUUGUCCGUGUUGGCUCGAAGUACUCCUAGCACCAUGCAGGUGAUCCCUACGACUCAUCGUGAAGGUAUUCAGUCUCGUCCGUUUGCGCCUCUUCUUCCUCCUCGUUGUCCUCCAAGAGGACCGAUCUGUGAAACUGACGCAGCAACGACGAAGCUCCGUCCCAAAGGCUGCCAACGGAUACUCAAACGACGUGGAUCGCCGCCAGCAGUCUUACCAAAGCACGCCGCCAUACAUCCAGGAACUGCGUAGUUUUGUUAACGGAGAAAAAUGAGAGUCAAUCGACAAGAGCGUUUUAUAUUCUUGUGCCUACGAACG